GAAUUCAAGGUCUGUGGUCCAAUGCCUCCCAGUUCAAUCAUGCCGGAUCACGUCCGAUCGCGUCUUCUGCUUUGUCUGUGCAGGCGGUGGUAGAAGUAGAAGUUGGACUCAAGGUUCCCAGGGAGCGGCCGCUUGACUCACGCACUCAACGCAAGGAGACAACAAUGGAAGCGUCUCAUCCAUAGGCGACAAUCAUCGCAGAGUGGAAAACCAACAACAACAGCAACACCAAUGACAUCUCAUUAGCAUUGCCCAGCGGCAGAUGCAGUGGGUCGAGUCGGAAGAGGAGAGUUGAGUAAUUGCCCAACUGGCACCAAUCACAGCUGCCUUUCGUCAGUUCGAUGCGGGGCAAAUUACAUAUGCAAGGCUGGCGGGCGGGCGGGCGGGCGGUUGGGUGAGCGAACGAACAUGUUCCAGCGAUGCCAAUGUGACUCCCGUUAGUUGGGGGCCGUCAAAGUCACACAUAUACACACACACACAUGCAUAAGCUGUAGCAUGUUCGAUAGCAAAAAGAAAGCCGCACUCCACUCAGCUGAUCCGACUGAUCGACUGAUCGCACUAGUUCUCCACACUCACACAUGGAGACUCUUCUCAAACAUGUGCGAGGGCAACGAAAAGAAAGCCACACUUGGCGUGCGCUCUCAAACUUGUCUCGAGGCUCGAGCAGAAGCUCCCCGUUCGAUCCCAACUCCCCAAGAGCGGGCGCGCACCUGCCAGCGGCAACGUGUUCGAUGGCAAAAAGAAAGCCGCGCUCAGCUGACCCUUUCGAACGUGUCUCGAGCAGCAGUUGGCCCGCUCGGCUCGGCUCGAAUUGCCAAUAACUCGACUUGAUGUCGUUUUCUUAGCGCAGUUGUGUUUCGCGUCUCCGCACGUUGAGUCCACUUUACAUCCGAGGCGUAGCUCCUCCCCUUAGCUUGCAAGCGCGCGCCGAUUUAAAUUACAUUUAAUUUUUUUUUUUUCAAAUUCUUUUUACAUAUUGCUGUGAACUAUUUUUAUGAUACUUUUUUUUCACGUUUUUUUGUUGCAUAAAAAGUGAUAAAGUACUUGAUAUACGCGCCGCCAGCCAGGAUAACGCACGUGUAAAUAGUUCAAGAUGGUUCACGCCCUCGCUCGCCCCCUGCUGCUGAUGCUGCUGGUUGGCUCUGCGUUGCUCUCCGUGGAGUCGAAGACCCUGAAUCGUCGCACAGACAAGAUCUCCGAGAACUUUAAGCAACUCGACCUGCCGCCAGAGGAGAUCGAUCCAAAUGUGGCGCCUCCCGAGCCUCAGAAGCUGGAGACCGCCGUUGCCGAGGCCGCUGCCGAGACAGUUGCAGAACCAGCCGCAGCUGCAGCCGCAGCCACAACCGCAGCCGCUGCAGACGCUGCAGACGCUGUGGAGGCUGUGGACGAGGCCGCCAAUGAGAUAGCCAGCGCGGAUGCUGCUGCUGCAGCUCCCGUCACGGAAGCGGCCGUUGCCAAGCCAAAGCCAAAGCCAACGAAGCCAACGAAACAGGACGAUAAUCCAAUCAGCAGGUUCUGCAAGUGCACCGAGUCCCACUGCGAUUGCUGCCGCAAGUUCGGCCUGCCCCUGCUGCCGAGCGGACCGGGCUGUGCCAAGAUCGCCUACCUGGGCAACGACGAGAUGAGCGUCUCGCUCAAGUUCGGCGACAUCACGCUCGCCUCCCGCCGCAUCUCCAGCAAGCGGGCUAGGCCCAUUUGCGUGAGCAUGCCCGGCGGCUACUCCAAGUUCUGCGGCCGGGUCUACGGGCUGUCGCGGGCCCAGGAGAACUUCAAGGCUUGCCUGGCCUUCGAGCUGCGCUCCGACGACGAGCUGGAGGCCCAGCUGCCCAUCUCCUGCUUCAAGUUUGGCUCCGAGGGUCUGCGCGUCGCCGAGGCUGAGCCUUUGCCCACGAAGGUGAAGAAGCCCGAGGAGGAUGACGACGACGACAUCUUUGGCUUUGGCGCUGGCGACGAUGAGGAUGAGGAUGAGGACGAUGACUACGACGAUGGCGAGACGACAGGUGCCUCUGCCGAGGACGACGAUGCCGACGACUAUGCCGAAGACGACGAUACGGAAGCGCCAGAGGACGCGGACUACGGCGGCUUCAGUCUGGGCGGCCUCCUUGACGAGCUCGACGACGAUGAGGAUGAGAAGCCGAUCAAGAAGCCAGCUGUUGCUGCCGCUGCCACGCCCCUUGCCGAUCAGACGACACGCGAGCAUGUCGAAAUGGAUGCGCAGAGCAAAGAUGAAGCCGGCACAGUUGUAGCAGCAGCAGCAGCAGCAGCAGCAGCACCCGCCGCAACAGAUGCCUCGGCGACUGUAGCUGCUGCAGUAGAGGCUGCCGCUGCACCGGCUGUUGCGGCUGCCGAAGACAGCAGCUCCACGGCCACGACCACGUCCACGUCCACCUCGAACAAGAACAAAAAGUCGAAGAAGGCGAAAAAGAACAAGAAGAAGAAGAAGGCAGCCAACGAUGCGGCAGCUGGAGAAGGCGACUUCGCCUACGAACUGCUCAACGGCAUCCUGGAUUUUUUCAACUGAGCGGCCAACGGGAAUACGCCAACAUGCUUGGCAACUCUGUAAAUACCUUGUAUUAACGUUGAGCUGCGUUUACGGAUGGAAGAGGGGACAAAGGAGAAGAGAGGGGAAUGAGAAGGGCGAGAGCAAGCCGAAGAGCAGGAUAUUGCUUUAUGUGCGUUCGUUUACGAAUGGACUGAGCAAAGAGGAAACGGGAAGGAAGUGAGGGGAGAGUGAAGGAAACAAAUGGAUUUGGUAUCAGGAGUUAGUUUGUAGUUUUGCUUUACUUUAAUUAUUUAUGCAUGCGCGAAUAUUUGCAUUUACGAAUGGAGUGACGAAAGGAGAAUGCAAGGAGAAUUCGCCCAUUCAUGAAUCAUUUUUAUUUUCAUUUACGAAUGGAGUGUAAAGGGUGGAAGAUGAAGAUUACUUUUGCCC